AUGUUGACUUUGACAACUCAAUUGAGAAGUGCCACUUCUUAUACUGAUUCUUUAAAAAAUGUUAGACUUUGUGUUGAACGAGAUGAAGAGAUCCUUGUUUUAAAGAAAAAGAGAUGUGAUGAUUGA